AUGGUCACUACUUGUUUCGUUAUGGAUAUCUUCAAACUAAAUCGUAAUCAACGUUGUAUGCCAUUUAAACAAAAGUAUAUCAUUUCUUGGGCAAUUUCUUCUGUAGAGACACUCGAAACGCUGAAUUUAAGUGGAAAUGAAAUUGAACAUCAAGGUGCACAAGAACUUGAUAAGCCAUUAAAAACAUUCAAUUUGGCAGCGAAUCGAAUGACAGAUAUGGGUACACAACGUUAUCAUCAUACACUUUCAAUCAAUAAAGAAAACGAGAUCACAGAAACAGGAGCAGAUUAUCUUGCUGUUCUUCUUUCUGAUCGUGCAACAUGUGUAAUGGUUCAUCUUCAUUUGAGUAGUUUUGGCGAAGAAAAGCACAAAGAAUUAACAAAACUCGUAAAUAACAAUGAACGAUUCGAACUAAAAGACAUUCAGUGUUGGAAUUAA